AUGCCAGAGGACAUUCUGCAUUUGCGCGCCCUGUCCAUGACCAUCAUGCAGGAUCCAAUCUGCGAGCUCAAAGCUGAAGAGGUGGAACGGUACAUUCUUGACCUCCACGAUCCCAUCGGUGAGCUGCCGCUGUGGCAUCCAACAAGGCUGAUGAACCAGAUUGGCGAUCCAUUUCGGGCACGGAAGCUGACGGUGGCUCGGUACCACAAGCUGAUCCUUGAGAGACUCGACAACGAGCCCCUCCUCGAUGCGUUCGGCGUGGACGCGGGUUUCAACAUGCAGUCCUACUUCAUGAUCCUGCACGCUUGGCUGAUUCAUCAGCGACUGGUGCUGGAAGGCUCCAAGGCCAAAAAGAUCGACGAGGAGAUGUUCGAGCAUUGCUGGAACAUGACAAGGUCGUGGCUGGUUCUGAAACGUGUUCCCGAGUAUAGAUUCGAUGCCGAGCUGCAGAACGUUCAAGAGUAUAUGCUUGGCGCCUGCAUUGCCAUGGAUAAGGCACUGGAGAGGCCAGACGUGCUUCCCGCCAGAGUGCAGCAGUGCCUUUGGGCCAACAUGUACUCGGGUUCGGUCAGCAAGGACCACAAAGGCUUGACUCGCCUGACUAAGUACAUGCUUCGACAGCUGGGGCUGAUGCUUCAGCUGGAUUCGGACCGCUUCCUCAGCGGUCAGUUCGUCUGGGCAGACUUCCCAGUGCGCGACAAGCCGCGGAAGCCUUUGGCGCUGCCGGAGUGGCGCGCAAGGUUCCGCGUGGAAAUCGAGGAGAACAUCGAGAAGAUGGACCCCACGAAUCCCACGAACCCUUUCCGCGAUCGGAUACUGAGCUCACCAGAGCCGAAAGACAAGCUGGGAAAGUAG